GAUUGUAUCAAAAAGAGAAUUGAAAUAGUUGAGAGUGGAGCUGAAGUUCCAAACGAUAUCCUCACACACAUCCUCCAAGUAGCUUCUACACAGAGCACUGUCGACAUUGAAGAGUUGGUUGAUGACUUUGUUACAUACUACAUUGCCGGACAAGAAACUACAAGCAACUUGUUGUCAUUUGCAGUAGUCAUGGUACACACUCAUCCAACUGUCCUUGAAAGGUUGCAGGCUGAGGUGAAGGAGGUUCUGGGUGAGGAGACCAAUAUCACCAAAGAACUUCUACAGAAACUAGAGUAUACUGAGCAGGUUCUCUUGGAAACGUUGAGAAUGCAUCCACCUGUGCCUGGGAUUGCCAAGGAGGUUGCCCCUGAGGGCCUGGAUGUCGGUGGUUACCACGUCCCAGGAGGAACAUCUCUCAUACUGCCUUCAUCUGUGCUCUGUCGAAUGCCUGAGUAUUUUGAUGAGCCAGACACUUUCAAUCCUGAUCGUUUCAGCCCUCAAAACACUCAGCCCAGUUCUUUUGUCUUCUUUCCGUUUGGUCUCGGCCAUCGCUCUUGUAUUGGGAAGCACUUUGCACUGAUGGAGGCCAAGAUGAUCCUUGCUCGUCUGAUUCAGACCUACCAAGUCACGCUUCCCUCCGGCUAUCAGCUUGUUCGUGUACAGAGGACAACCAUGCAGCCACAGGACACUGUCAACUGCACUAUUCAACUAUGCUAGAUAAUGUUUAGUUAGGACUGUGUCAACUGUUCUAGUAUAUAUAG